AUGGCCUCUUUCAAGAGUAGCCUUAGCAUCACCCAUAUCGGUACAGCUACCGCGGUGCUUCAUAUCGACAACAUUAACCUCCUCACCGACCCUUUCUUCUCUCCUGCAGGCGCCAAGUGGCCAAUCACUGAGGAUUUCGCCCUCGAGGUCACAGAGGACCCUGCCCUUCGCAUGGACCAACUUCCCCCGAUUGAUGCUGUACUACUAAGCCACGAGGAUCACCCCGACAACCUCGACCAUCUAGGCCGCCAGCUCUUGGAUGGUCGCCACGUUUUUACCACUGUGGAUGGCGCCAAAAACCUAGCGCCUCGUCCAGCUGUGCGGGGAAUGAAACCUUGGGAGACAACAACGGUUCUACUCGGCGGAGCAGAAUACACCAUCACAGCAACUCCGUGCCAGCAUGUGCCUGGUGACGAGUGUGUUGGGUUUAUUCUCACAACAGAGCGAUUUGGUUGUCAUGAUGAUGGACGACCCAAUGCCAUUUGGUUCACUGGUGACACAGUCAAGAUUGAUGAUUUUGCGCGGAUCCCCGAGCAAUUUCAUAUCGUGGUGGCUAUCAUGAACCUUGGGUCUGCUUUCGGCCCUAGUCCGGAUGGAAAGCCCCUACAGAUCACCAUGGACGGCAAACAAGCAGCCAGCUUGUUUCACUCGCUCGGCGCUGAGCAUUUGGUGCCGAUGCAUUAUGAAUCCUGGGGUCACUUUACUCAGAUGGGGAAUGAUUUGAAAUCUGCCUUCAAAGAAGGAGGGGUGGAGGAGAAGGUCCGCUGGCUUACUCCGGGAGAGUCUGUUACAAUUCUUUGA